AUGGCCACUAUUUAUAUAUAUAACUGCAAACACACAUACACACACGCAAGAAAACACUCUAUAUAUACCAAAAACUUUGAUAACAGCGCUUGCAUUAAAAUCUAUCAUCUGCCUAAAACAAUAUAUAUAAACCACUCCAGCAGAGAAGCGCUUCUUCGCCAUCAACAAAAUUCGGCAAUACCAAAAGAUUGGCGUAAGAAGGGGGCCGAGGCAAAGAAAGAUAUUGAAAUUGUUAAGAAAAUAGGACUUGAGGGCAAGCUACAAACUCCUCCAUCGUCAGUACCUGAAACUGUAUUAUUUGGCUUGAAGAAGAAGCCAACGGAAAACAGCCUGCCGGAGAAAUCAGUCCUUCAAAAAAAUAUUGCCGGGCAGGCAACUCCAGAGUUAGGAACUUUAAAACAGGCCAGAAUAUAUCAGAAGGAAGACCACGUUACUUGCGGAAAAGAUCUAAAAGAAAACAAAGAAAGAACAAAGCAAGGGGUACAGUUUUCGGGCAAAAAACAACAAAUACAAAAUUCUAAAGUUGCAGACGAUCUCAAGCUAUCUAGUGACAAGAAUUCACUGCACCGAAAGAGACAAUUAAAGUUGCAGGAGAAACGCGCACAGCAGCAGCUACAGCAACAGCUACAAAAGCUAAAACAGCAGCGGCAGCACUUAAUACAACAUCAGCAGCGGCUGCAACAGCUACCACAGCUGCAACAGCAACAGCAGCAACAGCUAAAGCUACAACAGCUGCAAAAGCAGCAAAAAAGACGGCUACAACAGCAGCAACGGUGGCAACAGCUACAACUGCAGCUGCAGUGGUAUAAACAGCCACAGAAACUGCAACAGUUACAACAACAGGUACAACAACUACACCAGCAGCAGCUCCACCAACUCAUACAGCAGCAGCUACAAAAACUGCAACAACAAGUGCUACAACAACUGCAACAGGUGCAGCUACAGCAGCAACUACAGCAGCAGCUACAAGAACUGCAUCAACAACUGCAACAGCGGCAGCAACAGUUACAGCAGGAACAAAAGCAAAAAGAACUGCAACUGCUGCAAAAGCAAAAAAGUCACCAAUUAUAUAUAAGAAAGCAACACCUACAACACCGUCUAAUACUACAAAAAACGUAUAACGAACGGCAUAACAUAAUCCAACAGCUACAGCAAGAUCAACAGCAAUACAAACAGCAAGUGCUACAGCAACACCAACAGGAACAAUUGGAUCUACAACAGCAUUACCAACAGGAACAGCAAAAGCUACAACAGCUAUUUUUCCAACAACAACAACAACAACAACAACACGUACGAGGCCUAUAUAGUUCGACAAGAGGCGGCUUACAAGCAAACAAUUAUCAAGGCCUCCCACGUUAAUACCUACACCAACACCCACAACUACACCAACGCCAACACCAAUACCUACUCCAACAACUGCACCAACACCA